AUGGCUCUGUCUCCAUACUUGCAGCUUGAAGUAGCCGGUUGCAUUACAGAUCCAGCAUUUUACCAGGCAAAAUGUGCAGCAGAGGAGCUGAAACGGACAUAUCCUUCCCAUAUGGCUGAGCCAGUCAUAAGCCCACUUCUGGAAUUUGCCUGGGAUAUGUACUUAACUCAGAAAAAGAAGGAGCUCAAGGGUGACAUGUGGGGCUUCUCCUCCCAUGUCAUGUGCUUUAUCAAUGGCCAGCUUAUUGGAGAUGAGAAAGAUUUCCUCAAGUGGACAGAAAAUGAAUUUGGCUACGUAGAUUUCAGACCGAAAGCUCUGUAUGAUGCCAUAGCUGAAGAGUUUUAUUCUGAUUACCUAAAGGACAUUCAGCACACAUUUGUUUACAUGGACAUUUCCAUUGAUCAGAAACCUAUUGGGAGAUUAUUAUUUGAGCUUUUUACAGAUGUCUGUCCAAAGACGUGCAGAAAUUUUGAGGCACUUUGCACAGGAGAGGUAGGUUUCUCACCUACAAACAUUCGGCUGUCUUACCAAGGAAGUCUAUUUCAUAGGCUGGUGAAGAGUACCUGGAUUCAAGGAGGAGACAUUUCUAAUGGUAGAGGAGAUGGUGGAAUAUCUAUUUAUGGAGAAACAUUUGAAGAUGAGACCUUUGCAAUCUCUCACUGCAAGAGAGGAAUUCUUGGGAUGGCUAACAAGGGACGGCAUACGAGUGGAAGCCAGUUCUAUAUCACACUGCAGCCAACUCUUUGGAUGAACACCAAGUUUGUGGCUUUUGGGCAACUGGUAGCAGGCACAGAUGUUCUCGAUGAAUUGGAAUCAGUUUCCACAUAUAACGAGAGACCAACAGUGGAAUGUAAAAUCACAGAUUGUGGUCUCUAUUCUCCCUAA